AUGUCAUCACGUAAGGUCCCUGAUGCUCUGGCUGCUCUACAAACUGUUUUUAAUCGCUUUCGGUACAUGGGAGUCCCCAUUAACCGUGUUCAUAGCGAUCGAGCUGAGUUUCAGUCAGUUCCGAUCCAAAGGUGGAUCAGACAGCAGGGGUUGGCUCAGUCGUUCACUCCGGGGGACGACCCGGCGGCCAAUGGCCGGGUUGAGGCAGAAGUGCAUCAGGUUAAGCGACGCACAUGCGCUCUCCUGCACCAUGCAGGUUUAUCCAACGCCUCUUGGCCCACUGCUAUCAGGUUUGCAGCGGAACAACGCCUCAGGUCUCAGCUCAGGCACCUUGGGUGCAUCGCCCCUCCUGUCUUGCCGUUCAUGCAGGAGGUAGCGGUGAAACGGAAGAGGUGGAACAAUGCUGGUGUUUUGGCUAACCCUUUUGUUAUGGGUAGGGUCCUGUGUCCUAGUCCUCAGAUGACAUCUGGCUGGGUUGUGAGAACUACGGAUGGAAAUCUCAUGCAUGUUCGCGAGGCCAUCAUUCCAUCUCAAGUGGGAGACCAAGUGAUAGUUCAGCUGCAGGAACAUCCACCACCUCCAAUACCAGUUGAUGAACAUGAAUCUGAAGGCCCUCCACGUCGUAGGCUCCAUGGUAAGCAAAUGGCAGAUCCCAAUCAACAUCGGGUCUAUUUUCCUGAUCCUGUUCUGUUGCUUGGGGACUCUGCUGGUGACCCGAAUGUGUCAUUCGGGGGGGAGUCCUCUUCUUCUUCUCCAAAUCCAAAUCCGAAUCCUGCUUCCAAUCAUGUUUCCAAUUCUGAAAAUGUGGAAGGUUCCGAAAACACGGAAGGUCCGGGAGUGUCGUCUGGAGUUGUGGCCGAAGGGGAAAGUCGAGGAGUGUCGUCAGGAGCUGAGUCGGAAGGAUCGUCAGGAGUCUCGUCAGGAGUGUUGUCAGGAGUCACGUCGGGAGUGUCCAGUGAUGGUGGCGAGUUUCUUGGUGGUCGAGGUGAGGUUGAUGUUGUGAUCAAAUCAAUAGCUAGGAGGUCGACCUAUGAUGUGGAGAUGGAGUGGUUGUUGGAUGUCCAGGACAGGUUGUCGGGUACUCUUGAGGACAGGCUCGGGGGAGGCCAGGAGGUUCAUGUGGGCCUGGAGGACAAGAUUCUUAGGGAGGCUGACUUUGAAAGGAAGGUCGUCGAGGACAAUCUUCAGGCUGUGGAAGAAUGGAGGGAGGAAUCGGUUAGGAGGCUGUGCGCGAUUCAGGCAGGGAACGGUGAAGGUUCUCAAGGUUUGGGAGAGUGUGGCCUGGAGGUUCUCGGUUGUGGUAGCGAUGGCCGUCCAUUGUUCGAACCUGCGGCUGGAACUACGGGUGCGAGCUUGUCGGGACCUUUUGACCCGUUCAGGCGAUGUGCAGUGCCGGUGAUUGACGCCAUUGCUGAUGGGAGCUUUGCACCUGACUCACAGCGUUCCAAGUUCUUUGCAACCCCACCCGGGGAGGAGGCCGUUGGCCCAGCUGACAAUGGAGAUGCCGUUGCAGGUUUUGGUGAUGCCGCCAUGGGCUCAGCUGGUGUUGGAACAGCUGUCAGUGAGCUCAUCGAGUUCUCUGGUGGUGGAGUGGAGCUGGCUGACACUGGAAGCGAAGUGCCGAGCCCUUCCCCGCUUGCCCUGGGUGAACAUGAUGGCGCGGUUGAUGGGCCACAGGGAGCUGAACUUGGUGGUGAAGAUUCUUCAUCCUCGGAGUCUGGGGGCGAUUUGUCCUCAUCGGAGUCCGUUGUGAUGGAAACCACUGCUAGGGUCAAGCGCUUCAGAGCAAAGAUCCCGGAGGGGCAGUGCUGGUUCGUGCACUCCAAGUCCCACCUUGUCCACCGCCAUGAUGGAGAUGAAGUGGACGGCAUGAAGUUUACGGUCUGUGGCAAACGCUUGUCUUCAAAUUACGUCCCAUGCACAGAGGCCACAGCCUGGAAUGUCUUAUGUAAGUCUUGCAAUCGCAAGUGA